GUAUAGUCAAAUUCCAUUGCUUGGCUUCACGCGUAAAUGAAGUUUUUAGUUGGUUUUGUGGUUGAAACUAGUUGGAUUUUAAUCUGAAUCCAACUUCUGAAUUUGAUCCGGGAUAGCUAUAAAGAAAGGGUUGUUGUUCAUUUGUUUCAAUUCACAGACUUUGAAGCACCAGAUUUGAUUGUCUUGCCUCAUAAGUUUGUGAAGUUUUUAACUGGGUCUGCGGUUGAAAAUUUUAUUGUCUUGCUUCUUAUGCAUGUGUGUAUGCGAAGGUUUUAACUGGGUUUUUGGUAGAAAGUUGAUUGGUUCUGAGCUGAACAGAGAUAGCCAUAAGGAACUCCGAAUUAUCAGAUUUCACUGUUUUGCUUAUUGGGUAUUUCCAUCUGGGUUUGUGUUUCUCAGGUCGAAAACGGGUGGAAUGUGGGCUGAAUCCACUUUGGAAUUUCGGAGGCAGCAACUUCUAGAGUCCAGCAACUUCUAGAAUCCAAUCUAUCUUUAUACAUACAUAAAUUGAAUCCAGAAAUAGAGGGAAAGGUUGAAAAGGAAAGAAACGGAAUGGCUUCUGGGAUGGAGAUUGAUGAGGACAAUGAAACCAAAGGUAGCAUGUGGGUUUUGGAGCAGAAGCUUGAUCAACCCAUGGAUGAGGAGGCUGGAAGACUUAGAAAUAUGUACAGAGAAAAGAAGUUCUCGGCACUAUUGAUUUUACGACUUGCAUUUCAGAGCUUAGGAGUGGUCUAUGGAGAUUUGGGGACGUCUCCCUUGUAUGUCUUUUACAAUACUUUCCCUCAUGGAAUCGACAAUUCAGAGGAUGUUAUUGGAGCUCUUUCCUUGAUUAUAUACUCGCUUACGCUUAUCCCACUCCUGAAGUAUGUCUUUAUAGUGUGUCGGGCUAAUGACAAUGGUCAAGGUAAGCUGAUAUUGAAGUAUGAUUGUAAGUUGGGUAGACUGAUAUCAAACACUUCUCUUUGAAU